AUGGCCGACACAGUCCUUCGUGCUGAAGAGCCUGAGAAUGCAGGCACCGUCGAGCUCAAGGAGAACACGGUUAUUGUCGUGCUAGGAGCUUCGGGUGAUUUGGCGAAGAAGAAGACCUUCCCUGCGCUCUUUGGCCUGUUCCGGAACAAAUUCCUGCCCAAAGAUAUCAAGAUCGUCGGAUAUGCUCGAACUAAGAUGGACCACACCGAAUACCUCAAAAGAGUCAAGUCCUACAUAAAAACCCCAACAAAAGAGGUGGAGGAGCAGCUGGAGCAGUUCACUUCAAUCUGCUCUUACAUUGCUGGUCAGUACGAUCAAGAUGAGCCCUUCCAGCAGCUCGACAAGCACAUCAAUGAGAUUGAGGAAGGACGGAAGGAGAACAACAGAGUCUUCUACAUGGCCCUGCCUCCCAGCGUCUUCACCACCGUUUCGCAACACCUAAAGAAGAACUGCUACCCCAAAGAAGGCAUUGCCAGAAUCAUCAUUGAGAAGCCCUUCGGCAAAGAUCUGGGCAGCUCACGGCAACUGCAAAAAGCCCUCGAGCCGAACUGGAAGGAAGAAGAGAUCUUCCGUAUUGACCACUACCUCGGAAAGGAAAUGGUCAAGAACUUGCUCAUCCUCAGAUUCGGUAACGAAUUUCUCGGUGCGACCUGGAAUCGCAACCACAUCGACAGCGUUCAGAUCACCUUCAAGGAGCCCUUUGGUACUGAAGGCAGAGGUGGCUAUUUCGACGAGUUUGGUAUCAUCCGUGAUGUGAUGCAGAACCAUCUGUUGCAGGUUCUGACGCUGCUUGCCAUGGAGCGACCUAUCUCUUUCUCCGCCGAAGAUAUCCGUGACGAGAAGGUCAGAGUUCUCCGCGGAAUGCCUCACAUCGAACCCAAGAACGUCAUCAUUGGACAAUACGGCAAGUCUCUGGACGGCACCAAGCCAGCAUACAAGGACGACGAUACAGUCCCCAAGGAUUCAAGAUGUCCGACAUUCUGCGCCAUGGUCGCCUUCAUCAAGAACGAGAGGUGGGAUGGUGUACCCUUCAUCAUGAAGGCAGGCAAGGCGCUCAAUGAGCAAAAGACCGAAAUCCGCAUCCAGUUCAAGGACGUAACAUCCGGCAUCUUCAAGGACAUUCCACGAAACGAACUUGUUAUCCGAAUCCAGCCCAACGAGUCAGUCUACCUCAAGAUGAACUCCAAGCUGCCUGGUCUGUCGAUGCAGACUGUUGUCACCGAGCUCGACUUGACGUACAGGCGCCGCUUCUCCGACCUCAAAAUCCCUGAGGCCUACGAGAGUUUGAUCCUCGACGCCAUGAAGGGCGAUCACUCGAACUUUGUCCGUGACGAUGAGUUGGAUGCCUCAUGGAGAAUCUUCACCCCACUUCUCCACUAUCUCGACGACAAGAAGGAGAUUGUGCCCAUGGAGUAUCCAUACGGUUCACGUGGUCCUGCCGUCCUUGACGACUUCACCGCCUCUUACGGCUACAAAUUCAGCGACGCUGCCGGCUACCAAUGGAACACCGCCAGUACCCCAAAUAAGUUGUAG